AUGGUAUGUACAGGGUAUGGGUUUUUGGUGAACCAACCAGGCAUUCCGUCAGGACAAGACAUUUCGACACUACCAUCACUGUUUUACAUGUUUUACGGUGUGACAUUGCGGUCACCAAUAAUCGGCCACCGAUGUCCGGGUCAUGUCUAUCACCCCGGCUUGGAGCUUGUUGGUGGGCAUGGUGUUGGCACACCCCGAGCCCGAACCUCCCCAGCCCAGCCCAGCCCGGGCGCAGCGCGCCCGGCGAUAGCACAAUCUAAUAAACCAGCCCUUCCUGGCUUCCAGCCUUCCAGGCCCGUGAUGUCCACAUCAUUGCUGUGCUUGGCCCUCCACCAGUCUCGCCUCACCCCUUUAGCAUCCUCUCGCCUGAUAUCUAUUUUUGUCUUUCCCAACUCUUUUAUUGCCCAAGCUCUCGCUCUGAUCUCAACAAUACAAUCCGCGGCACGCAGAAACCUUGGGCCGCUAUUCCUAUCCGCCUGCGGGGUUGCCGACCUGCAUCCACCACCACCUUUCCCUUUUCCUCGCCCGCCAGUGCCUGGUUUAAUCCUCCUCUUGUCUAGCCACGACUCUACAACCCUGAAUCGAUCUCCAUGCCAAUUCGCCACCACUAGAAAUAUCGCAUACGCCUUCCCCGCGUCUCUUCUCGCGUCCCGACGCUUCCACGCCCGCACCCUUUCCUACACCAAUAGCAUCCGUCAACCCAGAAUACCUCACAGGUUCCGCGACAAAUGGCAAUGUCGUGGAAACUCACCAAGACUCAAGGAGACGCACCUGGGCACUCUGAGCCCAUUUUCCCGAUCUGCUUCGACCUCAACUAUAACAGAAAAAGAGGAAAAGGGCCAGCCUAGCCCUGGGCUGGAAGCCCCCAUUCCCGAGAAUGAUGCCGUUUCUGCCACAGGCAUGGUUCAGGCUCCCGUCGUAAAACCGCCAAAGCCUGGUAUUCUAGUUGUCACCCUCCACGAGGGCCAGGGAUUCGCUCUCCCCGAAGAGCACCGAAACACGUUCACCUCACAGCACCAAGGCUCCUUGUCAACGAGCAAUGCAACGGCUGCAGGCUCUGUCAGACCUGGGUCCCAACGAAUGGCGGGAUCCCUGGCCACUAAUGGAUCAAACCGACCUCAUUCGUCUGCUGGCGGCUUCUCCGGCAUUCCUUCAGUCCACGGCCGAAUAUCAGGAAAAUAUAUGCCCUACGCUCUCAUCGAUUUCGACAAGGUCCAAGUUUUUGUCAGUUCUGUUCAGGGAAACCCUGAGAAUCCUCUCUGGGCAGGUGGCAACACUCAGUACAAGUUUGACGUAUCCCGUGUCACAGAGCUCGUCAUCCACCUGUAUUUGCGCAAUCCGAAUGCUUCGCCAGGCGCAGGACGCAGCCAGGACAUUUUCCUGGGCGUAGCUCGUAUCAACCCCAAGUUUGAGGAACGACAGCCAUUUGUGGAAGAUCCCAAGCUCAGCAAGAAGGACCGUGAAAAGGCAGCCGCUGAGUAUGCUCAGAAGCAGAAUACUGAGGGCCACAGUGGUGUCGAAUGGGUCAACGUUCAGUUUGGCUCUGGCAGAAUCAAGGUUGGCGUCGAAUACGUGGAAACCCGAGUUGGUAAGCUCAAGAUUGAGGACUUUGAACUGCUCAAGGUCGUCGGCAAGGGCAGUUUCGGCAAGGUCAUGCAGGUCCGCAAAAAGGAUACCAAUCGGAUUUAUGCCCUCAAAACAAUUCGAAAGGCGCACAUCAUUUCGCGAUCCGAAGUUGCGCAUACCCUAGCCGAACGAUCCGUGUUGGCGCAGAUUAACAAUCCUUUCAUUGUCCCCCUCAAGUUCAGUUUCCAGUCGCCGGAGAAGCUGUACUUUGUCUUGGCAUUUGUUAAUGGUGGUGAGCUCUUCUACCAUCUCCAAAAGGACGGACGAUUCGACGUGAACCGGGCGCGAUUCUAUACGGCUGAAUUGCUGUGCGCCCUCGAGUGCCUGCAUGGAUUUAGUGUCAUCUAUCGCGACCUCAAACCUGAAAACAUUCUUCUUGACUACCAAGGCCAUAUUGCGCUGUGCGACUUUGGACUUUGCAAGCUUGACAUGAAGGAUGAGGAUCGAACAAACACAUUCUGCGGCACUCCCGAGUAUCUCGCGCCGGAACUACUCAUGGGCCAAGGCUACAACAAGACGGUUGACUGGUGGACGUUGGGUGUUUUGCUUUACGAGAUGUUGACGGGUCUGCCGCCGUACUAUGACGAGAAUACGAAUGAAAUGUACCGCAAGAUCCUGGCCGAACCACUGCACUUUCCCGAAAUUGUGCCACCGGCCGCCAAGGACCUGCUCGCCAAGCUGCUCAACCGCGACCCAAAGCAGCGACUUGGAGCUAACGGCUCUGCUGAAAUCAAGGCACAUCCGUUCUUCCACGCCAUAGAUUGGCGCAAGUUGCUGCAGCGCAAGUACGAGCCUACUUUCAAACCCACUGUGCGCGAUCCGUUAGAUGUCAUCAACUUUGACCCAGAGUUCACUUCGGAGACACCGGCAGACUCGUAUGUUGAGGGCCAGCCGCUCUCCCAGACGAUGCAGAACCAGUUUACUGGGUUCAGCUACAACAGGCCGAUUGCCGGAUUGCACGAUGGCGGCGGCAGCGUUAGGGGUCCUUCUUUUAUUCGAGUGCGAUUCGUUGCAAUAACCGCCACCAAUCACUGUAUGCGAGCGGUUGAUUUGCCUGCGACAGACCGGAGCCUUCGUUUUGUUGAUCUCGAGCACCUCAUCGGAAAGAAAUUGGAGGCAAUGGGCAGUUCUACCGUUUUCUUUCAUAAAACCGAUUGA